AUGUCUGAGUCCUGGGGCCGUCGCCCGGCCUUUCUAAUUCCUUUUUCCAUCUACACUGUAUUCACGUUAGGGUGCGCUCUUGUUCCAAACUGGUCGACAUUUCUCUUCUUUAGAUUCAUGAUGGGAUGCGGCACUGCAGCUCCCCAGACAUUCUCAGGCGGGUUGUUCUGUGAUCUCUACCCAGACCUCGGACCGCGAGGAAUGGCCAUGACAUUCCUCGGUCUGACAAGCAAUGUGGGACCUCUUGUUGGACCAAUUCUCUCGGGAUUCACCUCUACAAAGGUCUGGCAGUGGCAGUUUUGGUGUGCCCUCAUAUUUGCUGGUAUUAGCUGGCCCUUGCUUCUGGUCAUGCCUGAGACAUUUGGCCCGGUGCUCAAAGCUCGUAGCACCCAGAACAUCUCAAGUUACCCCAUGCAUGAAGUACAAGCUCCGGUCGUCGCCAGUGCAUACUUCAAUUUUGGGAAACAUACCAGAAUACUGGCUCGCCCGAUUAGGUUGCUCUCCGAGCUGCUUGUGUUCUUCACCGACCUUUUUAUCCUCUAUCAAUAUGUUAUCUUCUUCCUCUACUUUGGGGCAUAUCCAGUCAUUUCCCGGGGAGCGUAUUCCAUGUCUGAUGGUAUGUCCGCUUUAAUGUUCAUUCCCACUGGAAUCGGGGCUGUUCUCGCGAUCGUCAUCUUUGUCACCUGGGAUCGGUUCCACAAACGCAGUAUCAAAGCUGGCAAGCAAUGGGCCUUACAAGAAGAGUACAGACGACUCCCUCUCGCAUGCAUUGGCGGACCGCUGUGCCUGUCGGGAAUUCCUUUGGGGAUAGGUAUUGACUUGACGUUCAUGGCGCUAAACAACUAUCUCACGGAUAUCUAUGGCAUUUACAGUGCGUCGGCAUUGGCAUCAAGUGUCUUUACGCGCAAUGUUCUUGCCGCGGUCAUCAUUCCUUUGACGACGUAUCCCUUGUACGAGAAUCUUGGGACAAAAUGGGCUUGCACGUUACUCGGCGGCUUGUGCCUCCUUCUGACCCUAAUUUCAUUUGCAUUCAUUCGCUGGGGGCCGUUAUUGAGAGCCCGCAGCCCUUUCUGCCAGAAACUAGUUCAGAUGGAGAACGAGCAUCGUCACGUAAACUUGGUUGAGUCUCUUGAAUGUUGA